AGGCGGCGCGUGCCGCGCGGUGUGGCGUCUGGCCGGGGGCUGACGGAGCUGGUGUGGCUGGUGGGGUCUUCGCCGCCGCCCUUUCCUCUUCCGCGUCCUCUUCUCCCGGUCCCGGGAGCCCCCUCCCGGGGAGGUGCCACUGCAGAGUUGGGUGCCUGAGCAGAGACGUGACUGGUGGCAGCAUGACGAGCGAGGUGAUAGAAGACGAGAAACAGUUCUAUUCAAAGGCCAAGACGUACUGGAAAGAAGUCCCGCCCACAGUGGACGGCAUGCUUGGGGGGUAUGGCCACAUCUCCAGCAUCGACAUCAACAGCUCCCGGAAGUUUCUGCAGAGGUUUCUGAGGGAAGGCCCAAACAAGACGGGCACCUCCUGCGCCCUGGACUGCGGAGCCGGCAUUGGAAGGAUCACCAAGCGGCUGCUCUUGCCGCUCUUUGGAGUGGUGGACAUGGUGGACGUGACGGAGGACUUUCUGAUUAAAGCUAAGAGCUACCUGGGGGAGGAGGGCAAGAGGGUGAGGAACUACUUCUGCUGUGGUCUCCAGGACUUCAGCCCAGAGCCCAGCUCCUACGAUGUGAUCUGGAUCCAGUGGGUCAUAGGCCACCUGACUGACCAGCACCUGGCCGAGUUCCUGCGGCGCUGCAAGCGUGGCCUGCGCCCCAACGGCAUCAUUGUCAUCAAGGACAACAUGGCCCAGGAGGGCGUGAUCCUGGACGACGUGGACAGCAGCGUGUGCCGGGACCUCGAGGUGGUCCACAGGAUCAUCCGCAGCGCGGGCCUCAGCCUCCUGGCCCAGGAGCGGCAGGAGAACCUCCCUGACGAGAUCUACCACGUGUACAGCCUAGCCCUGAGAUGAGCGGGGCUGGCAGGAGAAACCAAGUGACCAGUGCGGCGGGGGGGAGGAGCUGGCAGCCGGGUGAGAUCCAGAGGCUCCACAUCGAUGGUUUGGGAGUGUUGAGUGAGGCCACUAAAUAUACCUGUCUGCUGUCCACUCAC